AUGGCGAAAUCGACAGAUUUUAAAAACUUAUUUUUGCUGAAUUCAAUUCAUUCGCUGAUUUUACUGAUUUUCAUGGAAAUUUUUUUUUUCCUUUUGGAUGGAAUAAACACGUUUGAGUUUAUAAGCAUCCAGGAGAGAAUAUCUCAAAUGAUAUGGUGCUCCUUCUUUGUCGUGCAGAUUGGAAUCUUAAAAGUAGCAGAGGUGUUUUCCAAAAAAGCAAAUGGGAAAGAGAUUGUCUGUGUGCAUUAUUUGUUCAUUAUAUACGUUUUUUUGUUUCCUCUUUCAUCAGCCCUUUUGCUUACAUCCGCUUUGUCUUGGUCCAAGAUAGUUUAUUUUAUUUGUAUUUUGAGCCUGUCUACAUCUGUUAAAAUAAAAGGUCUAUUAUUUAUUUGCACCAUUACGUUGAUCACUGGGUUCGUGCGCUUUUACAAUAGCAUGCCAACGUUUCCCAUCGCCCUUUGUUUCACUCUGCUUCUGCUUCUAACUAUUGUAGUAUGUUUCAUCGUUCACCUUGAACUGUACACCCUCGCUAGCCAAAUAACUUACAUUAAGAAGAAGCCGCUGCGUGCUUUGGACACCGUGCAACCCUACUUCCAGGAGCUCGAGAAGAAGGCCAUCUUAAUAAGGAACAAGUUCAUAUACUGCCAGCAGAAUAAUAUCAGCGUGGAUAUACUAGGGAACAACCUGUUUGAAUAUGAGGAGAACGACGGAAUUCAAAAGAUAAAAACGAUAAACCAAAGCAAGAUAAGGCUGGACCCGUAUGGUGACGACCUGACCAGUGUGCAGUGCGACACUCCCCUCGACGUGAGCGACGUUAACUUCUCCAGCGUGAACAACUUUGGCAUCGGGGGAGAGAAGCAGAACCUGAGGGAUGACAGUGCUUCUUCGUUCCAAAGGGGGGAAUCAUUAUCGGUGGGGCACAAAUUUAGGGAUCAGACAAGGGUCGACAAAAGGAAGGGAGGAAGAAGAACAGUGUAUCCUUCGGAGGAGUCCCCGCAAGUGAACACCCCAGGGGGACAGCAAUAUGGUAUAGCUCAUAUUGACAAGCCAAAUCGCACAAAAAGUGGAGGCAAAAAUGAUCGCCGGAGAAGUGACUUACCCCAGGUGAAGCACCUACCCUCGAGAAGGAAACGAAGUGGACUCUCAAACAGGAACCUAUCCAAUUUGAACAGCUCAAACGCAAGAACAUUUGGAGCCAAACUGGACAGGGCACAGCCUUCAUAUGAUGGAGAGACGUACAAAAAGGAGAUUGUGCAGAGGCACUUUAGCUUGCUGCAAAGUGGACUAGGAAAAUUUAAUAGAAGAAAAAACAUUAUACUCUGUGAAGAGUUGAAAAAAAAUAUUACGUACAUAUAUUUUGACCGAGAUGGGAAGGUGAAGCGAUCCCAAAUUAUUCCCCUGUAUGUUUUGGAGAGACACAACUUGAGUAACAUCUCGGGUUAUUUGAGAAGCGACCAUACGUGGUCAGGCAGCGGGAACCAUUAUAAGAUGCUCGCUCUGUUGAAGGAAUACCCGGGUAUGAAAAUGGGAGGCCCCAACCAGGGGCCUCUUCAAAUGAAUUCGUUGGGGGGAUUACGCAACGGGAGGGGCAAUGGGGGGGACGCCCACAUGGACGCUCGCGACACCCGCAACACCCGCAACAACAGCAGUGUGUUCCUCGUCGAAAGUGACCCAAAGGCUCGCGUGGAAGACAAGCUUCACAUUUUCAACUCUGAUGUGUUGAUAAGAGAGGAGAAGAGGAACGCCUCUAAUGAUAACCAUCGCUCGUUCUGCGCAUCGGUGGGAGGGACCAGUAAAAGGGGGAAUUCGAGUGAAAUGGCGCACCAGGGCCGAAAGAGUGCUAGGUUGUUUUACCUCAUCCAAUCAGCUAAAGCAGAGGGCGGUGGAGCGACAGGGAACAAGGACCCAAAUUUGAAGGCAAAGAAAAAGGGGAACCAUGUUGCUCACCCCGACUCUGUUAGCAACAGCGGUGAUGGAAGUACGAGCUCUGUGAAGGACAAGUCCCUCUUGCAUGUAAAUACAUCGAUCAGAAAAGACAAAUAUAUUAUCCAUCUGCACGGUUCAAGUGAUGAUAGCCUAUCCAAUUCGAACAAUGUAUUAUACAUUGAUGAUGUUGUAGAUGGCUCCUCCGGUACAGACAUGGAGGAGGAGAGCGGAGAUGGCAUUGCCAAUUGUGGCACAUCUUCUGAUGAGAGCGUUGAUGUGGGGUGGAGGAACAGGCGGAGGGGAAGGGGCAAGGUUGGUGACACGGGGGAUGUGGAAAAUAUGGAAGAUAUGGAAGACGCGGUUUGUUUUGUUAGCGAGAUGGGGGAAAGACGUAGAGAUGUUUUUGCCCCCGCUGCGGAACGGCUACACGGUACACACAAAAUGGGGAAGAAAAAAAGCAGCUGCUAUUACGGGACAAAACUAUCACUGAAAAGAAAUAAUAAUAAGAAGACGAAGAAGAAGAAGAAAAAAGAAAGCCACUCGGAGGUAGCGUUGCGAAAGGAAUUAUUCCUCCAAUUUUAUGACGUCAUUUCUACAGAUGGUACGAAUGAGCUAUACAACGGAGUGCAUAAGCAGAGGUGUCGCCAUCCCCGUUGCAAAGGGCUUCUCUCUUUUGUGAAUGUAUUGGGGAAUUUUUUCAGGGGGGUAAGGUGGGGAGUUGCAAAGUGGGGGUAUGCUCCAUCCCGUGCAAGAGGAGGGGGGAAAUACUGGGUGAACUAUAACGAUGCCUUUACCACAGCAGAGUGGAGACAGAACAUUCGGGACAGCGAGUUGGAGUACAUAUUAAAAUAUAAAAAUUUCACCAAGUGGUACAGAUAUUGGGUGAGCAGUGUCCUGUUCCGCUACUACAAAAGCACCCAGUUUUUUACCCUUCUAUUAUUGUUGCUAAAUGUAUGUAUUAGUUUUGUACAGAUGGUGAUGUUCUCAUUAGUAAUCAGAGCUGAUCAUGUGGGGGUAAAGUGGGCAAACCUGUUUUACAAGAACAAGACGGUACUCAUGAGGAGGACCGAAUUUAACUUACACAACACAAUGGAUGAGUACAUUUUUAAUCGACUCCUUUGUGUAAGGAUACCAAUGCAGGUUGUGUUAAAUGUGCUACUAAUAAUACCAUCCUUUGUGGUGAAGAAUUAUCGGCAUGUAAAAUGGCUGAAUGUGUGUUCCAUUCUCAACUGCCUCGUAAAUAUAUUCUUCGGGGCAGUGGAUAUUUCGUACUCACUCAACAAUAAGGUGUAUAACAUGGAGAAGCUUUACCCUGUUUUAAACUACUACAACAUAUUUGACCUAUUUCUGGUUGGGAAGCUGACGAUGAGCAUUUUUCUAAUCCCCUUUAUCACAAAUUUUAAUGACUUGAAGACGAAUGCUUUGGUUUGUCUGAGCUGCGUGUGCUACAUUGGCACGUUCUACAGCACCUUCAAUCCUUUUUCAUUUUCCAUCAAGCUGAUGUACAUCACCAAUUUUGUGGUUCUCAUCGCGACGGCUGCCUCGACUGUGUAUUAUUCUGGGCUGAUCGCCAAAUCACGCAAGAUGAUCUUCGUCAAGUACGUGCUGCCCUACUUCAUAUACCUGACCUUCCUGAACACGGACCCGAGCAUCCAGAUGGAGAUAAAGGAAAAGCGGCGGGCAGGGUAG